UUUUAAGUCUUGGGUUCUGAGUUGGGUUGCCAGUUUAGAAAGGAACAUCAUUUUCCUGCCUACUACUAUUUACAUAGCACUACUACGUAUGACAUACCUAUCAUUAUUGAUCAUCAACAUCAUUAACUAAGUUAACUUUCACUCUUAAAAAUGAAUAACAGCGAACGUAAAACUAGCGCUAGCUAUCUGGCCCGCCUUGAACAUUUUCAUCAACUCGAUAAAGAAAGAGAAGACAUGAUAAAAGACUUAAUAGCCCGAAACCAAGAUCUUGAAGAACGGUUAGAAAAGAAAAGCCAAGAGUAUGAAGAUGAGGUUCAAACACGAAGCCUGUAUCAAGCUCAGGCUAACGAUACUAAUAAACAGCUUGUUAACAUUCAACAUAAAAUAGAUGCUAAUUCUUUUGCCUGCGCUAUCAUUGAUGGUGAUGGAGCCGUAUUUCGUACCGACUGGAUCGUCAAAGGCGAAGAAGGCGGUACUCUUGCUGCCCACCAACUACUUACAGAUAUGAAGAGUUAUCUUAAAAGUAUUUACCCCGGUGUUAACGUGGAGUCCUGGCAUAUUGUUGUCCAGAUCUUUCUUAAUCUAGAAGGUCUUUCUGGGAAACUCUGUAACGUCCAGCUUUCCAAAAAUUUUAAUGAGCUACCAUCUUUCGUCCGAGGAUUCAGUCGCGCCCAGGGACUCUUCUCCAUCAUCAACGUCGGGAAGGGCAAGGAACAAGCCGAUUUCAAAGUCCGCCAAGCAUUACCAUUGAUGGUUCAUAAUUUACACUGCAAACAUGUUAUUUUUGGACCUUGCCACGACAAAGGAUACAUAGUCGAGUUAAGACCUUUUCUGCUUGAGAAGUCAAUAUCUAACAGACUCACCUUACUCGAAACUACGCUGCCUCCCCGCGAUUUCCAGGAACUUAGCUUCCGUAGAGUCAAGUUUACAAAUGUAUUCCGUUCCGAGCUUCUUCCAGAUGGGCCUCCGACAGUCAGCCCCCCAUUGACUCCGGCCAAGCCGACAUCCUUUGCCCCAGUGUCCUCCAGUUGGAGCAGUGCUAUUCCAUUUAUCGGCAAAUCUAGCAAAGGUAAAGCCUCAACUGUUACACCAGAGAAACAGAAAAUACCAUCCACCAGCCAUAAGUCCAAGUAUUAUUUAGUAAAUUCCUCGGGGCAACGCAUCGACGAGCCUCUUCCCCCAACCGACGCCAUCUCCGAAGAACGCUUCCGUGAGCGUUGUGAGAUGGAGUCGCGUGGUCCCUGUAAUAGAUACCAUCUGACUGGGUCAUGCGAGGAACCUUCAUGCACCUACUUCCACGGCGUACGGUUCGGCGCAGGCGAACAACUCCUCUUGAAGGUCAAAGCUCGAAGCAUUCUUUGUUAUCGCGGAAGCGCUUGCAAAAACCCCGAUUGCUACUGGGGCCACCACUGCAAGUAUGGCGUACAAAGAUGUUCGCGCCUCAACUGUUCUUUUAUUUCCACCCAUGACGUGGAUGUGACACCAACCGAGAGAGUCUAUGAGGACGGAAUACGAUAUAAACUUUCUUCGGAAAGGCACGUCGCAAUUGGUACCUGACCCCAUGACUACCUAGGUAGACAAUGAGAGAGAUAUCAUAUUCUGAGGAGCUUAAAAAUGAUGCGGGGGUCUUUGGGGAGAGGAAGGGGACAAGUUAGACAUUUGUCCCAUAUGGGUUUGAGUCUACGACUGUUGGCAAAGUUUCCAUACCUACGAGGUUUCCUAUGCAUCUAGGAGGUAUGAGGAUGAGGAUAGCAUGGAAAGGGUUUCUCAUGAAUUACCGAGUUAUUUCAAUACAGCGUACUAAUUCACUCAACUCUCGUUUCUUCCCGACAAACGACAAACAUUUCGACCUGUACGAGGUCACAGUAGGGGGCAAAAAUCUCAAUGACAAUCUUAGAAACUUGACAAACAAAGCCCAACUAAACAUUAAGCAUGGAUACAAUGAAUUCCCACGACGCAGUGAACAAUGCGUUAGUAUAGGUAGAGACUGCGCCUGGGAAUAAUUCUUUAAGAAAAUUCCAC